AUGGCGCUGAAACCAACAAUCACCUUCGACAAAGAUGUCUUCUUCCCAGGCGAUGAAAUUACGGGAAAAAUCGAAAUGAAACUCACCAAGGAUUUGUCGGCGAGGAAGAUUGAGAUCAAAUUUAUCAAUGAGACGGUGACUGGGUGGACGUGAGUUGAUUUUCAGCUUGAAAAUGAAAAAAAUUCUGAAAAAAAAAUAAAUUUUUUUUCAAAAAAAAAAAGGGCGGGCAUAAAUAUGCACGCGCAUCUGCGCCCUACUGCAUUAUGUUUCUCUCCCCUCUCCUCGAAACACACACUCUCUAUUUUUUUUUCAAAACAAAAAAAAAAAGUUUUUUUCAUUUUUCAGAAGAGACGGAAAGCCUGUGUCAAGCGCUGCUUUACAAAAAGGCAACGAAGUUCAUCUCCAAGUAACCCACCAAGUUUGGACACCCGAAGACGAGAAGAACAUCCUGCCAGCUGGAGAAUAUGAGUGGAAUUUCAGUUUUGAACUUCCCAAGGACACUCAACCCACUUUUGAAUGUAGGUUUUUUAGAAAUGGGAUCUUUGAUUUAAAAAUAAGAAAAACACGUGAAAGAAGAGUUCACGCGUCAAAAUUUGAGGAAAAAAUCAAAAAUUUUAAAUUUUACAGCCAACUUCGGCUGCAUUCGCUACGUGGUUGGCAUCAACAUUGAUGUUCCCCACUUCCUCGACGAACACCGGGAAAAUGCAGUAACAGUGGCCACUCAACUCAACCUCAAUGAUAUUCCAAAUAUCACAGAUCCUGUGAAAUUCCAGGCUAAGGAAGAGAUGAUUUGCUGUGAUUGUAUCAAUUUCAUCAAGAAGGGCAAUGUUCAAUUUACGGUAAUUCAUUUUUUUCAUGGAUUUUUUUGUCAAAAGUUGCUGAAUUCAGUUCUGAAAAUGAGUUUAUUUUGUAAGUGGCAAAGUUUGUGAUUUUGUUAGAAUUAUCAAAAUAAUUAGAAAGUGGAAAAUAUUAGAAAAAAUUUGAAUUUUUCUAGUUUUGCGCCGAAAAAUGAGCGUGGCCGAACUUUGUUAAUUUGCAAAAACCUAGGCCACGCGCUCUUUUUUGGGCGAAAAUCGUGAAAAUAAUAAUUUUUCAAAUUUUCUGUCAAAAAAUAAGCGUGGCCUAGGUUUUUCAAAGUUAGGCCACUUGUUUUUUUUAUUGUUUUUUCAAUUUUUCCGUUGAAAAUCAAGCGUGGCCUAGGUUUUUCAAAGUUAGGCCACGCGCUCUUUUUUGCGCGAAAAUCGUGAAAAUAAAAAUUUUCGAAUUUUCUGUCAAAAAAUAAGCGUGGCCUAGGUUUUUUGAAAGUUAAGCCACUUGUUUUUUUGAAUGUUUUUUCAAAUUUUCUGUCAAAAAAUAAGCGUGGCCUAGGUUUUUCAAAGUUAGGCCACUUGUUUAUUUGAAUGAUUUUUUCAAAUUUUCUGUCAAAAAAUGAGCGUGGCCGAAUUUUCACCAAUUUUCAAAAACCUAGGCCAUGCGCUUAAUUAAUUUUUGUUUGCGGGAAAUUUGAAAAAUUCAAAAAUUUUCCGAAUGUGGCCUAGGUUUUUUGAAAGUUAGGCCACGUGGAUUUUUGCGCGAAAAUCGUGAAAAUAAUAGUUUUUCAAAUUUUCCAUCAAAAAAUAAGCGUGGCCUAGGUUUUUUUUCAAAGUUAGGCCACUUGUUUUUUGAAUGUUUUUUCAAAUUUUCUGUCAAAAAAUAAGCCUGGCCUAGGUUUUUUGAAAGUUAGGCCACUUGUUUUUCGAAUGUUUUUUCAAAUUUUCUGUCAAAAAAUAAGCGUGGCCUAGGUUUUUCAAAGUUAGGCCACUUGUUUUUUUGAAUGUUCUUCACCUCAAAAUCCACCAAAAAAAAUAUUUCCCAUUUCAGAUCCAAGUCCCAAAAUCCGGCUACGUGGCCGGUGAAACAAUCCACGUGCAAGGUCUCAUCGAAAACCAUCUCAAAGCAAAAAUCCGCGCAAUUCGAGGAGCUCUGGUCCGAAAAACCGUAACCAAAUCAGAUCCGAAGAAUGUCGAUAAAAACUAUCGAAAAAAUCCGAAUGUUGGAGGUUUUGAUGACUUGCACGACAAGUUGGAUCGUGUGCUCUUUGGAGCUGUUGAAGAGGUUUGACUCGAGAAAAUCAAUCAAUAAAUAAAUUAUUGAUUUUUUUUCUUAUAGGUUGUCGAUAUUCCAAUCGGUGCUGAUCACGAAUUCUCCUUCAACAUCGCAAUUCCAGCCAUCGCCCCAACAAUCCGCAACAAUUCCCACAUCCACGUGGAAUAUGCCGUGCAAAUCGCCGCCAUCGCCGAUUCAAUGUGCAUCGUUGAAUCGCUUGGCGAGGCGCCAAUCAUAAUUGGCACUGUGCCAAUUGGUGGGCGCGGCGAGUUAUCGUAUGUUCCGUCGGCGCGCGGAGAUUUGGACACGCAAUGCGCUGCGGAUGCUAUUCAACGCUUUGGCGACAAAUUUGUACCGAAAUAUCCGAUUUUCAAGAAUUUGUGA